AUGGAGGUCUCUGCCUCCACAGUGACGGAGGAGGGGCCCCUGUGCGCGGGCUGGCUCUCCCAGCCCGCCCCCGCCGCCCUCCAGCCCCUGGCCCCGUGGACGCCCUACACCGAGUACGUGUCCCAUGAGGCUGUCAGCUGCCCCUACUCGGCUGACAUGUAUGUGCAGCCUGUGUGCCCCAGCUACACGGUCGUGGGGCCCUCCUCGGUGCUGACCUACGCCUCCCAGCCGCUUAUCACCAACGUCACGGUACGUCACACGAAGGCAUUUAUGCGGAGGGCGCCCUUCUAG